GCCUCAGCAGCGCGUGCCGCACUCAUAAGCGCGCCGGAUCAGUGGGUGUCCUCGCGGCUGGCAGCAGGAUGGCGUGUGGAGGCCGCGUGGAAGCAGCAGAGCGGGGCGGAGAACAGAAACCGGAGGACGCCGUGGUGGCGACGCGGGACGCCGUGGCGACGCGGGACGGCGGGCUGCGCGCGCUGCUCCGCGGCCUCUUCUGGCCGUUUGGCCUCGUGGUUCGAGUCUGCUCCAGGGCCUGGCGGCUGCUUGCCUUUCAGGAGCCUCACAUGGUCACCGCGGUCUCUGCACCCCCACGCCCCUGCCGCCGGAAGCGCCUGCGCCGUGUGACGCGCGCGCUGCUGUCCGUCCUGCCCCGCUGGGUCCAGAGCGCCCUGGGCUUCCCGGGACCCCGCAGCAUCGGGGUCGCCCUGUCCCCAGAAAUCAGAAGUUCUCCCGCCAAACCUGACGGAAAAGGCAGCAAGCGCAAACAAGACGACCUGGAUGAUGAUGAGGAGGAGGAGGAAGACCAUCCAAGCUGGGUGGAAGCUCUGUCCAAGGAGCUGGUAGAUGAUGAAGGCCCUGCAGAAGAUCCGGACUAUGAGCCCAGCUCCGUGGAGACGGACACCGACGAAUACGCCUCCCACAACAACACGGAGAGCGACCUGGAGCUUUCUGGGAGAGGCCUCGUCAUUGAAGAUGUGCAGACGGAUGCGGCCCCCCUACCCCCCACUGCUGAAUGAAGGACUUCCUGCUGUUUGAAUAUUUACAUUUCUGUCUUUCUAAUGAAAUAAAGUAUUUUAUAUCCUGA